UCGGAUUUUAUUAUUUUUGUCUUGUUUAAAGUCCUUUAAAAGUCUAAUAAAAAGGUGAAGCCCAAUAAAUUCUUCAAUAAACAAAGUUUAAAGGUGUAAAUAUCAAAGUUUGAGAAGGAAUGUAUCGAUUUGUGUUUGAAUUAGGUCGUGAGGUUAUCUAGGGUUUCGUAAAGAUGCCGGCCACCGCAGGAAGAGUUCGCAUGCCGGCGAACAAUCGUGUUCACAGCAGCGCGGCGCUUCAGACUCACGGGAUAUGGCAGAGUGCGAUCCGUUACGAUCCCUACGCGCCGACGAGCAAGGAGAAGUCCGAUGACCCUGAGAACUCGUACAAUAGCUUCCAGGGACUUCUGGCUCUCGCUCGUAUCACCGGCUCCAACAACGACGAGGCUCGUGGCUCUUGCAAGAAGUGUGGCCGCGUGGGGCACUUGACGUAUCAGUGUAGGAACUUCUUGAGCGCGAAGGAGGAUAAGGAGAGGGAUGGGGGUGAGGUUGAAGCUGCUGUUGCGGCGGGGCUGGAGAAGGUUAGGAGAGGGGAGGUUGAGGAGGAAGAGAGUAGUGAGGAGGAGGAGAGUGAGAGUGAGGAUUCUGAUGUUGAUUCUGAGAUUGAGAAGAUUAUUGCUGAGAGGUAUGGGAAGAAGAAGAAGCACGACGAGUCUGAGUCUGAUUCGGGAGAUGGGAAGAGAGUGAGGAGGUUGAAGAAGCUGAGGAAGCAUAAGAGGAGGAGUGGGAAUGAGUCUGAGGACGAGGGAAAAGGAAGGAGUAAGAGGAGGGGGAGGAAGAGAGAUGAUGAUUCUGAUGAAGAUGAUGAUCGGAGACGGGUUAAGAGAAAGAGUAGAAGGGAGAAGAGGAGAAGGAGAAGCAGGCGUAGUGGCUCUGUUGAUUCUGAUUCAGAUUCAUCUGAGGAUGAUGGGAGAGGUAGAAGGCAGAAGCGUAGGAGCAAACUGGCGGCUUCUUCUGACUCCGAUGUUUCAGGUAAUGAUAGAACACGUGUUGGAAGGGGUUCCUCUAAGCGGUCUGAUGAGAAGAAGAGCAGGAAACGUCAUCAUAGGAGGAAAGACUGAAGUUAAGAUCGAUCAUGUUCUGUCAUUUUUUUCGAUGAAUGAUGAAACCUGCCUAUUGGAUUUGAUUUGUGUUUGACUCUUGUGGCCUGCUUGUUUCAAGAAUGUAUUAUGUUGUUGAUUGUGUGCGAGUCUUUUGACUCUUACUGCUUCAGUGAUCUAUGAUCAUCUUUGGUUUUUUAUUUAAA